CCGGAACAGCAACAGGAGAGGCAGAAAUUAGAAGCAGCAGGAGCACUCCCGGGUCAGCCACCCAGCGUACCCRSUAAGGGCCCAGAGAUCCCUGAGAUGUGGAGGGACUUCUGGGAGCAGAGAGGAGAGGAGCUUCCAUCGCCAGUCAGAGYCGGGYUUGGGGUAGCCAGGAAGGCGGAAGAGAGGUUAGAUCGUAAACUCAAGUUCCUGGCCAAGACCACUUUUGACCGACACUUGUUAUUGGAGAGCGAUCUGACAGGGAAGAAGAUGAAGGAAGUAAGCCAUGGAGUACGCCUGGAGGCUAUGGAGAUGGAAAUUCAGGAACUCAGGACCUUGGUGGCCAGCCAGGCAGCUAUCAUCGAGAGCGUGAGGCAGCAAACCCAGGGAAGGGUGGACAGGCCAAAGAGCAGCAGGCACGGAGAGCAGAGGCAGCCGGGACAGGGAUUGCCAGGACAGCCAUCUGCAGCAGAGCUUCGCCAGGAGCCACCUAUGGGGAGAGCUAUCCUGGAGCCAGAAGAGGCGAGAGCCCGGAGACAGGCGGAGAGAGAGGCAUUCGAGUUUAGAGCCCCUACUGAGCUCGCGACGCUGCCAGUGGCGGCGGCAGACCCAGUCGUACCUUUGGUAGUAGAGGAGGGGCCGCCACCAUCUAGCAGUGAGCCGGCUCAGGGCUCAGCAGAGAGAUCCAUGGGCGUGCUCCUUGAGGCGGUGCAUACUAUGCAGGAAGAGGUGAGUUUGUUUUCGCCUGAGCAGAGGAUAGAGGAGCCUCUUGAGAGAGRGAUGGGGAUUAAGGCGGAGGGUGCCGUAGAGAGCAGACUUCAGAGGAUGGGCACACCUGAGUAUGGACCAGAGGAGAUUGAGGAGCAGCCCACGACAGUGCCAGGAGGGACACUCGAGAGGAGACCCCAGAGGUUGGACACGCCUGAGUACGUCCCAGCGGCAGAGGAUUUGAGAGGCAGACUAGGAUCUUGGGCUACUGGAUCUGGGUCUGGGGGACCAGUUCCUGGGACGGAGCGGCGGGAGGUUGCUAGUACCUUGGUAGGAUCUCCUUCAUCGCCACCUCCUCAGCCCAGGAAGAAGAAGUUCAAGAGAAAAGUAGAUCAGCUAUGUUUCUACUGUAAGAGGGACGUGCAUCUGGCUUUGGACUGUCUCGAGUUUCUUGAGGAUAAGGCAGCAGGGAAAGUCUCAGAGGUAGGGGGUAAAAUGUAUGAUAGACAGGGUAGGGUAGUAGAGAAGUCCGCAGAUGGACUUAGGRCUCAGUUAUAUAGGCAAAACCAGGAGGAAUCGAGGAGGUAGGGCCGGUUUUUUGUCUAUAUAAGUGAGCGAGCAUUUUGUGAG